UCUCGCCCUCUCCUCCUUAUAUAAUAUCUCGCCCAGUCUGUGACUCUGAGGCACCCUCUCCAAUUAUUAUAUUAAUCCAUAAUAUUUCUUCCCCUAAAUCUAAUCCUCGGCCUCCGCUUCUUGUACCGCUCUCGAUGGAUCCGUUGGUGGUGGUGGUGUCGCAGCUGGCGACGGGGAUCGGGGUGCUGGCCGGGGCGAUGCUGGUGAAGUCGGCGAUGGACCGGCCGAUGGCCGGGCCCGGGCAGUGGCGGCCGCCGCGGUGCGCCACGUGCAACGGCACGGGCCGGGUCACGUGCCUGUGCGCCCGGUGGUCGGACGGCGAUGUGGGGUGCCGGACCUGCGCCGGGUCCGGACGCAUGGUCUGCAGCAGCUGCGGUGGAUCCGGCACCGGCCGGCCACUCCCCAUCCGGCUCAACCUGAGAUCUAACCGGUAGCUGUAGCUACAAGAGAGAGAAAUAUCUAAAUAUCAAAGAUUAGCUCAUGUGUAUAUUGGUCAGUUAUUUUUGGAUUGGUGGGCAAUUACAUGAUUUUAGAUGAUAGGUUUUCAUAUAGGAGUUUCAGUCAAUUUAUGAACAAGAUGGAGUUGAUUUCUGUUUUUUCUGUGUACUACAUCUCAUCUAUUGAUUAAAGGAAAAGAAAAAACACAGAUUAUAAGCAAGAUGCCUUGUUCUUCUGUAUCUCUUUGCUAUGUUUUAUUUAAUGUUUUUUUGUUCUA